UUAUUCGAGCGCGACCCCAUUUUCAGCUCGAUCAUAUUUCCUCCCUUUAACCAAACUUGGACACCAUCAAAUGAUCGAUGGUGACGCAUCAGCAUCAGAAUUCCGGUAACCCGCCGACGGCGAUUCCCAUUGUCAAGUCUCCCCAUCAUAUUCACAAUCACUCGGCUUCUCCCCUCUCUCUGGACGUGCCCUGUAGAAUUCGACUCUCCGACAUUUUGCCCUAUGAUGGAGCUCCUAUGGCCCCCUACGUAAAGGCUGUAGACACCUUGUCCAUGUCCCUCAUGCGCCACAACGCAGCGGUCAUUGAGCUCGGUCCCCAUGACGCCGCCCUCUUCCGCUGUGCCCUCGACUCCGCCCGAUUUUAUUUCCGUUCCAAGAAAAAUGGCCGUGGAGUUUACACUUACAGGGCUGGAAGGCCUUUAGAAGAUAUUGAUUCAUCUCCACCAUGCAUGGCUGACACUUUUAAAUGCAUGGGAAGGGCUGCUCGAGCAGCAUUAUGUGCAAUAGCAAGACACCUUCGACUGCGAAGCGAUGUUUUCAAUCACUUGCUAGAUGAUAGCCCAUUGUCUGCUAAUGAAGCAUCUUCAUCAGUUCUUGUUGCCACAUUUCCCAACAUAUCCCCUCAACGAGGAAAAUGUGUAACUAGGGAUGGGAAGCCUGUAAUGAGUUGUGAAAUGGAGAAGGGGUUGUUAAUGCUGGUUUCCUCAGAUGCUCCAGGUCUUCAGGUUUGUGACCCUAAUGGCCGUUGGUACCAAGCAGAUAGCAGCAUGGCACCCGGGGACCUUUUACUUCUCACAGGGAAGGCUCUCAGCCAUGCAACUGCUGGACUUCGCCCUGCUGCUUCAUAUCGGGCCACGCCUGAUAAUCUUUUGAUGCCUCCAAGUGGUGGAAGGAUAUCACUGGCAUUUAGGCUCAUACCUCAAGUCAAUGCCAUACUGGAUUGUACUCCAAUUGCAGCAGCUGGGCAUGUAAUUCCUCAAAGCUAUGUGCCAAUAUCUGUAAGCCGAUUUAUGGAUGACCUUUCUGAUGUGGAAGACGACAAUGCCGAUAAUGCUUAUGUACCUGCAGAUAAUAUGAAUAGGGAACCAUCAUUGAGAAGUGUUCUGUCAGAUCCCAUAUCUGGUGCAUUCCUUGACGAUGCGAUGCUGGUGUCGUGUGGGCAUUCUUUUGGCGGUCUUAGUUUGAGGAAGGUCAUUGAAACUUCAAAAUGUCCACUCUGCAAUUCAGAAAUUGAGGCCGAGUCUUUGGUACCUAAUCAUGGUAACGAGGAGCCAUUAAUAUGCUCUGUGUGUGUGCGCGUGGGCAUUUGUGUGUCUGAAAAUGGCGAUAUUAUUUCGGAAAACGGGUCACAUAGAGGUGUACAAUAUCCUUUCUCAGUUAAUGAAAAGGUUGUUAUCAAGGGUAACAGGCGGACGCCCGAUAAGUUUGUUGGCAAGGAAGCAGUGAUAACGUCACAAUGUUUGAAUGGCUGGUAUUUGCUUGAGAUAAUUGAGAGCGGGGAAAGUGUACGUUUACAAUAUCGUUCCUUGAGGAAACUUCCGGGUUCCCAUGACUGAAUUGUAAUAUAGAAUUUAGUGAUAGGAAAGAAGAUUGAGAUUAAACCUCCAUGUAUUAUUAGCUUUUCCUUUUUCGUCUUUCUUGGCCUAUAGGGAAAGAGGACAAAGAAUGAUAUGUCCAUCCACCUUCUUGGUGGGGUAGUGGUUCAAAAAAAUGAAACAUAUUUUGUGUAAGGUUGUCUGGAAAUCUGAUUCUGUUGGAGUCAUGUAUGUUACUCAAUUUUCUCUUCAUUUGUUGUCUGAUUUUGUGAAACAUGGAACUACAAAGCCUGCUUCUAAUGGUUAUGGGACUGAAACGAAUGGAAUUCCUCAAACACCACAAGUUAUCUACGAAAUGAUAAUCUUUCCGUGGGCCAGCCAGAUGUGAGAUAAGUCGUUUAAAGCUGAUUGUAAGAGGAUAUUGGAUGUUUUUAUGGUCACAUCACAUUGAUGGAUAAUUUUGCGCAAAAUUUUGUACUUAUC